AUGAACUGUAUUUUCCAGCCGUACUUGGAUCAUUUCGUGAUUGUCUUCAUUGAUGACAUACUGAUUUACUCAAAGAAUGAGGAGAAGCAUGAUGAGCAUUUGAGGAUCAUGUUGCAAGUACCGAAAGAGAAGAAACUUUAUGCAAAUCCUUCAAAGUGUGAGUUUUGGCUCAAUUCAGUGAAAUUUCUUGGGCAUGUGAUUUCUGCAAAAGGAGUGGCAUUGGAUCCUAACAAAAUUGAGGCAGUGCUAGAUUGGGAGAGACCCAAAACAGUUACAGAGGCGAGGAUUUUCUUAGGGUUGGCAGGUUACUAUAGGAGGUUCAUUGAAGGAUUCUCCAAGAUGGUGUUGCCACUUAUUCGCCUUACCCAGAAGGAGACUCCGUUCGUGUAG